CAGACCACUAUGGAUGUGCCAGUGGCAGCUAAUGUCCUAGGCACCAUUGGAGCCAUCUGCUGGUCUAUCCAGUUGAUACCGCAGAUUAUCAUAAACUACCGUCGGCACCAUGCUAUCGGGUUGCAGCCUGGGAUGAUGAUUCUUUGGGCCUGCGCUGGUGUACCGCUGGGCGUAUAUAACAUCGUCCAGGACUUCAAUAUCGCGUUACAGGUCCAGCCCCAAAUACUCACGUUCUUGAGCCUUGUGACAUGGAUGCAAUGUUAUUACUAUCAGCGGGGCCGCAUCGUUCUUCAGUCUCUCGUCGUUGUCCUUCCACUCGCCAUCUUCAUGGCAGGCAUCGAAGUAACUUUGAUAUUCUCGCUCCGCAUCGCAUACCGCCGGCACAUCGAUUGGCCCUUGACCCUAAUGGGUGUACUAGCGGCCGUUUUCCUAGCUGCUGGCGUACUUACGCAUUACGUGGACAUCUACGUACACCGCACCGUGCGUGGAAUCUCGUUUCUCUUCGUGGGAAUCGAUGCCGCCGGAGACCUUUUCAGUCUCAUCAGUGUGUUUUUCCAGCCAAAGCUGGAUGUCUUGGGCAUGGUUACGUAUGGGGUUGAGUUGGCGCUUUGGCUGGGUGUGUUCGGCUGUGGUGGGUAUUUCAACCUAUUGCCUUGGCUUAAGCGAAAAGGGUAUCUGAGGGCUGCACGGAAAGAUGAGGAUGUUAGAACGAGUGCAACGGCUUCUGAAAAUGAGAGAGCGGGCGGUGGUGCGAAUGUGGAUGAUGUUAUGAUACAAGACCUGCCGUCUUCGACGUCAGUCUUUCGGACACCCUCUUCUGAUGUGGAACUCAGAAGGGCUAGGUCAGCUGGGGCCAAUAGAGAACAACCGAUAUAAAAGGAUUAACAGAG